AUGGACCAACCCUCCUCCUCCGGUCGACCCAUCAAAAGAGAGCCCCCCAGUACACCUGGCGGCUCAAUCCUCGUCAGCAGUCGGAGUCCCUCCCCAGCCCCACGCUCCACUAAACGCUCCCGCGAUCGUCUCUUUGCCGCCCUGCAGCUCGGGAAUCCACUGAUCCGGGGUCCUCGCACCAUCAGCACGGCGGAUCACCUCGACGAGCUGGAGCUGAAGCGAUGCUUUGAGAUACUACACGCUUGUGGGGCGGCAACUGAUCCGAAUGCGACGUUGAUGUCGACUAGGGAUACUAUGGAGGGGUUUCUUGAUGCUGUGUUUAAGGAGUGGACUGGGAACUUUGAGGAUGAGCUCCCGAAGCCGGCCAUGGACUUUGUCGUUCGCGAGUUUGUCAGUGUCGGCAAUAUUUGCAGCAAACCAGCAAACCACAGCACCUCCAAGUCCUGCGCCGACUCACAAGCAUGCACCACCCCCGUCUUCCUAGUCGCAACAUACCGCAGCAGACCAGCCCAACUAGAAGCAGGCUUCUGCAUCGACGAGCCCCCCCGCAACCCAAACGACCAAGUCGAAGAUCUCUUCUGCCCCAUGGAGCGGACAGACAUUCGCUGGGAAGUCGGCGACUGGCUGGGGGUCCUCAAGAGCGAGAUGAGCCGAGCUUGUACUGCCAAGAUACACAAGUACAAUAAGCAUCUGGCGGUGUGGUAUGCGAGAAGUUUAGUUAGGGGUUGGGCGAUGGGGAGUGUUUCUAUGGGAGAGGAUAGAGAGGUUCUUGGGUUUCUGGGGAGGGAGUCUGUCGAUGCGGUAUUCUCUAUGAUGGGGAACUAG